AUGGAAUCCCCCUUUUCUUUCGGCCCCCACAAUGUCAGCCUCUCAGCACUAACUAUCACCGGUAAAUCCCCAACUACUGGAUAUCUCGUCUACACCAUCCGAGAGGAGAUGAAUAUGGAUCAAUCUAGAAUCCGUCGUGUCAAAUGUGAUGAAAAAAAACCUGCUUGCCUCAAGUGCGUCUCGACUGGUCGAGCUUGUGGCGGCUAUCCAGACCCUCAGGGCCCCUCAAGGCCCGGGAGCCCGACCCCUGGGGAUGCCCUUCGAAUUAUUCAACACGUCCCCGGAAUUUUACAGCCGACUCGGAUGUGGCAGGUUCCACAAUCCCCUGAAUUGGUUCACGAGGCUGAAUACCGUGCAUUGGAGUUCUUCCAGCUUCAUACCAAGAACUGUUUUGGCUCUCAAAUCGGCACCUUCUUGCUCCAAGCAACAUACAACGAGCCAAUCAUUCGGACUGUUGCCAUCGCCAUCGGCUCCCUCCAUCGUACUUUUGUAUUUGAUCAACAGGGGUUGACAGCGUCUCGCGAGGCAACUCAAUUUACCCUGCUCAAUUACAAUAAAGCAAUCCGCCAGCUCGUUGCUGUUAACCCCCAAACUUCUUCUCAAACAAACGAUACCUUCCUCAUUGCUUGCAUACUUUUCUUCUGCUUUGAAUGUCUUCAAAGUAACUACAAGUCGGCAUUUCGACAUGCAAUUUCUGGUCUCAAGAUUAUCAAGCAGCAGCAGCUAUUGUCAGAUGGAUCUACUUUAUCCAGAUACAUGCCACCAGAAACCAUUACUCUGCUCUUUGGUAUCCUAGAGAAUCAGAUACUGGAAAUACAUGGUGACGAAAUACUUGAGAGUGAACUGCGUCCAGCCAUUCUAUCCUCAUUUCAACAUUAUGCUAUUGACUCCUCGCGACCACCUUCAAACGUUCAAGAAUUUCUCGCGUCAUUUCAAGUUCUCUAUAAUCGGUUCACUCGCUUUGAAGCUGUUUGUGAGAUGCUUGAAGACUCUACGAGGGACCAAGCAUUUGAAUUUGUUGCCCAGGUUCAAUACAUCCAAACUGAAUUCUUCCAAAUCCUAUCGGAUUUGAAAACCUGGGUCGCCAUUUUUGACGAUUGGGUGAAUCGGCCCAAAUUGCACAAGGAUGAUAACAGCUUCUUGGUAUCAAUACUCAAAGUCUGGAGAGCAACUAUCGGCAUCCUUAUUCGUCUAGAAUGGCCACCUUCGGAGCUCAGCUGGGACAGGUUUACUGUCGACUUCGCCUCCAUUACGUCUCUUAUCGCAGAAAUGUUUGGAAUUUCGGCGACUACUCUUUUCAUGCGCUCUUCUUCGCCAGGAACACCAUCGCCAGAUGAGCCUCCGCCUUUGCCAACCAGCAAGCCAACCUCUCUUCCUCCUCUUCGCCCCAAACCUGCCAAGUCGGUAUCUUCAACAUUUUCCCUAUCGCUCGGUAUCGUCACACCACUGUAUAUAUGUGCCACUCGCUGUCGCGAGUCUUCCACACGCCACCAGGCCCUAUUUCUGCUUUCUUACUGCCAGAGGCGGGAGGGACUUUGGGACUCCGAUCUGGCAGGGCGCAUCGCUAAUCGCAUUGUGAGGAUUGAAGAAACUGCGGCAAAUAUUUCACCUGGCACGGAGUAUCAUCCUUCUGAUAUCCUAUUGUCUUCUCGGGUCCGAUCUUUGUCGCCUCAGUUUGAUGAGCAAAAGCGGAUCAAAGUACGCUACAACAGGGAAGGCGAUGAGACUGGUCUCACUGAGGAGGUAUUUACUUGGUAA